CCAAGACAGGCAGACAGUCACGGGUUGUGAGCGUUGCUGAUUGAAAAAAAUACAAGGUGACAUUUUCUUCUCGGAGAAACUUCAAUCAUGUCAUCAUACUGUGAAAAUACAAUUAAGAAAAUGCUUCCCAAGGCAUAUUUUCAGAAGCAUGUGGCCCAUGAAAUAAACGUGGCAUUAACUUACUUCACAAACCUUGUGCCCGUGAUGGAUAAAUAUGUUUACAAUAAUGGAACCACAAAGAACUUGAUGAGUCUAACUGGAACCAUUCCUGUCAUGAUUAACAAUACUACAUACAACAUACCCAUUUGCCUGUGGAUUGAGGAAAGCUACCCCCAAACUGCUCCCAUCUGCUAUCUCAAACCCACACAAGAGAUGAUGAUCGUCACAGGACAGUACAUCUCCAGCAGCGGUGAAAUCCUGCUGCCUUACCUGCUAGAGUGGAAGAAUCAUGAGUGUGACCUAACAAGCCUACUGCAGGUGAUGGUUGCCAUGUUUGGAGAAUUCCCUCCUGUGUGUAUGAAGACUCAUCCAGAGCCUGAGCAAGCCUCUUGUUGGAUGCAGUUCCACAGACAAACAGAAGUAAUUACAGACACAGAUGGGAGUUCAUAUCUGUCUUUAACCAGAGAAGAUGGACAACCGUUUCAGCAAAAAAAUGAAACAAAUUGUUAGUAUUUUGUGCAAUUUGAAAAAAAUUUGUGAAAAAAAAUUAUCUUUUUUUUUUUUUGUUUUAAAAUCUAAUACAGUGUCAUGCAAUAUUCAUUGAUUGUGCUUUCAGACAUGA